CGGACAUAAUGGCGGACGCAGAAAAGAAGCUCCCCGCGGUCCCGGAGAGCCUUUUAAAAAGGCGAAAGGCCUUCGCCACCAUGAAGGCCAUGCGUAUCAAGAAGAUGCUUGCCGAAAAAAAAACUCGUAAGGUGACCAGGCACCUGAUCUACAAGAGGGCUGAGAAGUACCACAAGGAGUACAGGGAGAUGUACAGGCGUGAGAUCCGCAUGGGGCGGACAGCCCGCAAGGUUGGAAACUUCUACGUCCCAGCUGAGCCCAAACUGGCCUUCGUCAUCAGGAUCAGAGGUAUCAACGGUGUCAGCCCCAAGGUGCGCAAGGUCCUCCAGCUUUUGCGUCUGCGUCAGAUCUUCAACGGCGUGUUCGUCAAACUGAACAAGGCUUCCAUCAACAUGCUGAGGAUCGCUGAGCCCUACAUCGCUUGGGGGUACCCCAACCUAAAGUCUGUGCGUGAGCUGAUUUACAAGCGUGGCCAUGGCAGGAUGACCAAGCAGCGCAUCGCUCUCACAGACAACGCCCUGAUCGAGAAGGCCCUGGGUAAAUACAGCAUCAUCUGUGUGGAGGACCUGAUCCAUGAGAUCUACACAGUCGGGAAGAACUUCAAGCCUGCCAACAACUUCCUGUGGCCCUUCAAACUGUCCACGCCCCGCGGCGGCAUGAACAAGAAGACGACUCACUUUGUGGAGGGAGGAGAUGCUGGAAACAGGGAAGACCAGAUCAAUAGACUCGUCAGGAGGAUGAACUAGGGAAUCUAUGGUGAGACUAUUGUCCCAUGGGCUCUCAACUCCGUUCCUGGGGAUCGACCCACCUGUAUGUGUUGCUCCAACCAGCUAAUUAUUAAAAUGAUGUAGUAUUGGGAUGCAACCCCUUCAUGCCAGUAAACGCAGGUUCCUGGAGAUGAGUAGUAGGCGAGACAAUUUCCACCUUAAAAUUUUUUUUAUAUGGAAUCGUCAAGAUCUCGAUUAGCUGAAUUGGGUUUUUCAGUGGUGUAGCUCCAGCAUUACGACUGUCUUCUGGGCCGGUUUCUCAGCUUGAUCCAAUUCAACCCCCCCAAAAAAAAUCAUUUGAAAAAUUUCAUUUGAAAUGUCAUUGUUUCUACUUAAGUGUUCAGUUUCUAGUUUUACACAAUGUGGUUAAUGAUGCUCAACUUUUUUCCCCAUCUUAUCGACUCUGGUGAAAACCAGUCUGAAAAAAUAAGCCAAUUUUUUUCUGAAACCACAAGUUUAAAAAAGUAAAAAAAUAAAAUAACUGUCAUUCCUAAUAUGAAGUGAACUGAAAAUGGUGUUUAUUUUACAGUACACCGUCUCAAAACCGGAUAAUUCUGGACCAGGUUGUAUUCCACUGAGAUUCCAUUUCCUAUUUCGAUGGGGAACAGUUAUGAAUUCGCUGGAUUAAACGGCCAGGCUCAAGUUUUAAAAUCAUACACACAAAUAACUAAAAGUCCAUUAAAUUUGUCAACUGCAUUUCUUUUUUCUUUUUUUAUUGUAGAGCAGCUUGUUACAUUAUUUUCCCAACAUCCCAGGCCGUGUCCCCUAUGGACUCCCUAUUUGGCGCCCUAUAUAGGGCAUGAUGUGCCCUUUGGGACGUUAACUUGGUUAAAGUCCCACUAAAAGCAGCUUGUUGUGUUUGGAUAUACGGCACACUAGUUUAAACAUGUCGUUACUAAAGAUGAAGCAAUGUCCUGAAAGUGAAACUUGGAUUACAAUGUUUGUUUGUUAUUGUGUGGCAUCAAGGAAACCCUUGACUAGAUUUCUGGAGUCUAUAGUAUUUUUAUGGGUGUAAAUCGUUUACUACACAAACUAUUGGAAAUGUUUAUUUGCUGUAGAAACUGAUUUGGUUUUCUGGUAUUAAUGUUGUGAAUUUCUUUAUUUUUCCAGGUUUUUCAUGGGAUUCUGAGCUCUGUACAAUAAAAACAUUAGAAGAAGUGUA